AUGAAGCCGAGGGAAGGGCUGACCUUGGCGCUUCUCCAACUGUUCGCAGUUUCGGAAGCCGGAAAAAUCCUAGUGUACAGUCCAUCGAUCAGCACCAGCCAUUUGAUUUCGAAUGGAAGAAUCGCAGACGCUCUGGUCGAUGCUGGACACGAUGUGGUUAGUUUCGAAAACGGAAUAAGGAAUAAUUAUCGAUUUUUUCUGAAAAAAAUUUUUUUGCAAGUUACUUUGGAACGCUAGAGUAGUUCCUAGAGGGUUAAGGGAAAGCAGCCCCUGUCACUAAUGGGCUGAAAUUGAGGUUAGGGACCGCAAAGCCACGCCCCUUUUCGCGAUAGAAAAAGUGGCUUUUUUUUGGUUUUCAACUUUCAUUUUGUUGUAGUUGUGAAAUAUGUGGAACUGGCAGAUAAAAUUUGACACACAUGUACAGAAAAGCUUCCUCUUUCGUUUAAAAAAUAUUUCACGCUUUUUUGAUGCGUUCUCGCGGAAUGUCGUACAAAAAAACGUGAAUGGAACUAAAAAAAUUUUGUCAUUUUUUUGCUUUUUUUCAUGUGUUUUUCAGGUCGAACGCACUCUUUCUUUUUUUAUAUAAUGAUUUUUGAUUCAAGUAACGGUAAUUUUAAAACAAUAAAAUAAAAAAUUCGUCUUUGCCAAAAAUUUUAGGGAGUGCCGAAAGUCAUAAUUCAAAAUAUCGUUAAUAAGCGAAUAUAAUCGAGUAUUUGUUUUUUCAAAAUUUAGACCAUGGGCUUACUUAAAUUUUUCUCUACAGCAUAUGUACUUGAAAAAGUUGUGUGAUACGCAAAAAUGCUCUUGAAAAUAGAGAAUAAAGUUAGCGGCGUUUAUCACACAGAAAGCGGUCGAACGCAGGUUUUUCAAACGAUUAUAUACAUUUAUUAGUAAAAAAAUCUUUCAAUUAAAAAGAAUAAAAUAAAAAAAUUCGUCUUUGCCAAAAAAAUUUACGGGGCCGUUUUUAAUGCAGCGAUCGUUAAACGAGGCAAAAACCACUAAAAAAACAGUUUUUUUCGAAGUGAAUUUCCACGAAAAGUUUGAGUAAAGAUUUGCGAACAUAUUCUGAUGAAAAUAGCUUAAUUACUUCAAGUGUUUCUUUUUGAAAUAGACAAUCUGUGCUAUUUAAACGGCUCAAGGGUAAGGCGGAUGGAAGCUCCCCGCGCUAGACCUGGCCGCUUGGCGCAGCGCGUGCGUUGCGAUUUUUCAUUUUGAGGUCGCGAGUUCGAUACCCGCAAGCGUCAGUUUUUUGUUUUCUGGAAAAUACUGACUUUUUCGGCAAACUAGCAAAUAUUCAUCAUUUUAGCACUCUAUUAUGAUUUGUUACAUCAUAAUAGACCAGUAUCAAAACUUGUUCUAGAAGAAAAAUCGAGAAAAUGUUAAAAAUGGAUAAUACCAAAAUUUCAGUACUAAAAAAAUGGUGCGCGGCGCGCCACAUUUUUCGUCAUAACUUUUUUCAUCCUCAAUCUUUUUUGAAAAACUAAACGGUUCUGAGUUUUGAAUCGAAACAGCUAUCAAACCAUACGAAGCUCAAUGCUGAAAAAAAUUUUUUGGAAAUUCGUCUACGGUCCCUAAUUGAGGUGCCCGGGUCUGACCCCUAAGGACCCUAAAGCUUAUGACGUCCUUACAAAGGUUUUUAAUUUUUAUUAAUUUUUUGAACGAUAAAAAGACGUGUAGGAACCACCAGCAUGCUCCCCUAGAGUGACCACUUACUGAAAACCCUACACUGGCCACUUUCAAGCUUUGUGGGAAUCACUGUAAUCAAAAGGAAGGUAAGGUAGCCCCUAGAGGGGAACCUUCAAGGGCUCUUAAGGAUGCGCCUUUAGGGACCACUUUGGCAUUCCUAAGUUGAUCAAGGAAGGAAUAUUAUCAGUUAUCGAUAUUUUUAAAGCUUUAAGCAUAUUUUUUUUCGAUGAGUUUUAGAAAAAAGAAAUCCAAAAACCCACCGUUUCCAGGUGAUGUUCAUCCCGGAGUACAUGCCUCUGACGUCAUUUCUAGGUACCAAGAAAGCCAAGGUCAUCACUAUGAGGAAUAUUAGUGAGUUUUCUCCUCUUUUCAGGGUCAAAAUCUAAAAAAAGGAGAUUUUUAGACCCAAUCUUUGGCGAGAUGAUGGACGGCUGGCCGGAGCUGACCUUAAAAAGUGACCGCUUAAGUGUGAUGGAGCGGCUGGAUUUCGAAUACACGGCCACGUCGAUUUGUGGGGGUACUGGAUUGAUUUUUUAGAGAACUUUUUUUGAUUACUUCAUCAGGAUUCUUGUCAUACUUAAAGUUUUAGGAGGUCUGGAUACUAUACAAUAUCUUUCGUUACAGUACCCGUCUUACAGUUUGAAUAUGUAUCUGAAAAAAUUCUGCUUUAUUAUACCGAAAAAGGAUUUUUUUAGGCUUUAUCAUCAGUUUUCUUCUUCUCAAGUCCUAAGAAUUUUGUACUUCAAUGCCAUUUUUAUUUUUCAAAAAAACUUUUGGGUCUAAAAGUGACUUCAAAGAUUUAGAUGUUAUCCAAUAAAUGCAUCUUUUUAGCUCCCAGUUUCGUAGAUACUUUCUUUUGAGCUACUGCAUUUUUGAGGAUAUUCUGUUCUCAGCAAGCUUGUAAACAUGAGCAAUAUUUCUUGAAGCUGCAAUUUCCUGUUUGGAAGCUUCACUGUAUAUUCUGGUGCCACUUUGAUUUUUUGACAGUGUUCUAGAAAGUUUCUUAAACAAUUACGGUUCAAAGUCACCGUUCUGUUUUCAGACCUCAUGAAACGGCGAGACGAACUAAAGCCCCUGGCCGACUACGGAUUCGACGUCGGUUUUAGUGAACAGAUUGACCUUUGCGGUGUUGGCGUCAUUAGGUUCUAACUUUAUUUUUCUGUUCUUCUAAUUAAAGUUUGUUUUUUUCAGGUACCUGGGCAUCAAAAAUCACCUUUGGAUCUCAACGACGUCGAUCAUGGACGCGGUCAGCUACAAUCUGGGUAAUGGUUUUGAAAAAAAUUACGAAUACAAUGGUUGAUAUGAAAACCAUUGUUAAAAUAUUUCACAGAAACCUUCUUUUCUUUAAUUGGUCAAAAAGUUAUUCCCCGCCGGAAAAAGCAAGAAAAAGCAAGGGAUUUACUAUAAAAAAGCCAAAAAUUGCCUAGUUUCUGUUAAAAGCUUUAUUUUACGUCAUUUUUUAUCUCGAAAUGAUUUGAACUAGAUUCCUUAUGGCUUUGAGUGAUAAGAGAUAUCUAUUUUUGAUCUAAAAACAGUUUUUGUAUCCCUAUAAGGGCUCUUUUUUCCCUUAUCCCUAUUGGGAUUACUAACGCGUUCCUAAGUUGAGCCUCUUUUUUCUGUUUUUCUGCGAGAACGAAAAAGUUCUGGAGUUUCAAAAUAAAGAAAUUACUAUGUCACUCUGGCCAGGUUUCUCGACGGGUGUGCCCGUUUCAAACCCGUUUUUCUCAUUUGGGCUAAAACGUGCAAGAAGGAAUAGGUAACCCAGCUGUGUUUAUUUCGAAAGUAUGUGACCCAACGGUGCUGUGAAAAAAUGCCAAAAGUUCUACAGCCUGUGCUUAUACGCGUUUAAAACGGGCACACCCGCCGAAAGCCCGCUCUAGCCCGGUUGGUUAACCCUCAUUAGCAUAAGGGUCAGUUAACCAAAAUUGAGCCUUUCAGGAAUCCCAGCACCGCCCUCUUAUGUCCCCACGAUCGAAGAGAACGACAACGGCGACGUGAUGGACUUCUGGCAACGGAGCUUCAACCUGUACAUGUACGUGGCGGCGAUCGUCGUCCACCGGAUCGGCACCGACGGGACCACCGCCGUCUUCCGUCAGUUCGACCCGGUUUUCCCCAACGUCCGCGAAAUCGCCGCCAACUCCUCCCUCUGCUUUGUGAAUUCCGACGAGAUCUUCGACCUCCCUCGGCCGAUCAUCCACAAGACGAUCUACAUUGGAGGGUUGGGGGUCGACAAGGAGCCCAAGCCGUUGGACGAGGUGUGUUUCGGCGCGUCAUAAUUAUUGAAUUAAGCUUGAAGAUAAAAGCCGUAUGUUCAGGGACUUUUUAAAAGUCUUUUGUAUUUUUUUAACCUCAGUCGUAAAAGGAAACUUUGGGGAUCUUUGUGAGGUUUCAGAUGCGUCAUAAUUUUUGACUCACCUUCAUUCACUCAAUUUUAAAGCAUUUUUUUCUUCCGAAAAGCGCAUUUUGAAGACAGUUUUAUUUUUCUUACCUUUUCAGAAAAAACUUUAUUUUUAGAGGCAAGUAAAAUUUAUGACCAAAAGUUGAAACGUAACACCCCUACAAAUAUAAUUUUUUGCACAGUGACAGAUUUUCAGAAAUUCUCCAAGCUCAUGGAGAAAGGCCGAAAAGGCGUGAUUAUCAUCUCACUUGGGUCAAUUAUUCCGUUUGGUUCAUUCCAACCAAGCGUGAAAGCGUCAGAUCAUCCAAGCCAUCAAGGAGUUUGAAGAUUAUCAUUUUAUCAUCAAAAUUGAUAAAGGUGCGAACUUAAUUCUUGGGAAGAAACGGAGAAGUUUUAAGGAGAUAAUAAGACUGGGCCGAUGUUCGCUGGAGUUCCGAACUACGACCUCGUCGAAUGGCUUCCACAAGUCGAUAUUUUAGGUAUGUAGGGGGAAGAUUAAAGCGAUUUCUAUAGCCUAGAUGACUUGAAAAAGAAAUUCUAAAGGAAAUCGAUUUGCUAUAAAUCCAAGUUAUUUUUGAAAAGUCGUGUAUAGUCCGUUCUUCGCGACUCGAAAAGGUGGGACUUCUCUGCGCACUCCUCCUUAUCUCUCGGCGACCCUCUCACGUUUUCGUGCUAUUUUCAUGUUUCUCUGACCUUACCAUUGAGGGAACAGAGAGACGCAGACACGCGAAAACUGUCUUUAUACUCAAUUUUCAACAAAGAAUAAGUUCACCGACCAAUACAAAUGAAUUUUUGAUUUUCAGGACAUCCAAGACUGAAACUUUUCGUGAUGCACGGCGGCCUCAACGGCUUGGUCGAAGCGGCUCUUCGAGGCGUUCCUCUGGUCGUUGUGCCGGUUUUCGCCGAUCAGUUCAGGAAUGGCAGGGCUGUCGAGAAGCGCGGCAUCGGAAAAGUUGGUAUUUCUUGGAACUAGAACUCUCUAAAAUGAUCCGGUUUGUUUCAACGGAAACAGAAGUUUUUCUUCCUCAGAGAACGUUUUUUACCUUCCUGUUGAACUUUUGCUGAAACUUUGCUGAAGUGUACUUCAGGACCCUCUGAUUCCAGAACAAAAAGAAAAUUUCCCGCAAUAGAUCUCGUUUUUGAGUUAGGACACUUCAAAAGCCCGAAAUAGUGCUUUUUUGGCCUAAUUUGCGUAUUUUACGGACUUUGAAGCCCCAUAACUCGGAAACAAGAUCUAUUGCGAGAAUUUUUUUCUUGAUCAGGGGGUAAAAACGUUCCCUGGUCAAUUCAUUCAGCUUUCAUUAGAGGCUCAAGAAUAAAUGGUGAUCUGAUAAUAUGGUAAUAGAUUCUCAUUUCUUAUUGGCAUAAAGCUUGUUUUCUAUCUGAUUUUUGGAUAUCAUUUUGUCAAAAAAAUGAAAACUUUGAAAAUUUAAAGAUAAUUUGCCAUCUUGAGGCUUUGCAGACCACCCAUAUUUUUUUCUCAUUCAAUAAGCUUUUUUUGGUGUCUUGAAAUCACGAAUUAUUUGUUAAAAGUUUUGAUUUCACUUUUUUUUAGUUAUGAAAUUCAAACCCUUUUGAAACGUUUUCUCUUUUUUGGGUACAGAUAAAACUCAACGGCUACCUUUUUUUUAGGUAAUCCACAAGCUUGACAUGGGCUACGAUACCUUCAAAUCAACUGUCAAGGAAAUUGUCGAGAAUCCCAAGUUUGUGUCUUUGAAAAUGAAUCUAAACUUACCUACUUUCAGGUACUCUGAAAACGCGAAAAGACUAGGAGCAAUGAUGCGCGAUAAGCCGUUCUCGCCAAAGGAUCGUCUGGUCAAAUGGACUGAGGUAUGUUUUUCAAGUUUUAUAAGUUAUUAGGGUCUUUAGGGAUCUUUUCAAGAGUAAAAAAAUAGGAAGAAAAAGGUGACUUUUUUUCAACUUCUAGACUUUCGGAAACUUGGUGAAUAUUUUACUCGUUAAGUAAGAGGUUUUGUGGAUUCUCAACCUAAAAUUCGCCACAAUAAGCUCUAUUUGAGAAAGUAUUUGCGCGACUGAAAUUCGAUUCGUUACUGGAAAAAUAAAUUUAAUAAUAAAUAAUACAAAAAAAUAUAAAAACAUGAAAGAAAAAAAUGUGACUCCUUCAGUUUGCCAUCGAAAACGGGGUGCUUGAAGAACUGCAUGUGGAGGGCUCGCGCAUGAACACAAUCGUCUACUUGAAUCUCGACGUUUUUGCUUUUAUCUCCCUGAUUUUAUUUGUUAUUCUGUAUAUUUGUUAUAAGCUACUAACUCUCCUAAUUUUUAGCUCAAAGAGCAAAAUCCCCCAAGAAAAAUGGUCAUAUAUUGUUGAAGAAGAAUCAGUAGAGAUUGAUAAAUAUUUUAUUUUUGGUUGUGCAUGUUAUGUUUCAGAAAGCUUCUGAAAGGAUUUUUAAUCUGAUUCGAAUCGCAUUUGGGAUGGCUUAGCGCGUUGCGGUUGCGCUGGAGUGUGAAAAGAUCUCUCGAGCCAUUCCAUAUGCGGCCAAUGUCUUUUCAGUUUUAAUUCAAGUUUCAAAUCGGGUGAUCUGAUCAAGGAGAUCAUACUUUCAAUUUGCUGAAAAUAAACUCAAAAUAUCGAGCAUGGUCGCAUUUGGAAUGACUCAAUGCGUCGGAGUUUCGCUGAGAUUUGACCAGGGAAAGAUCGCUUCUAAAGCCAUUCCAAAUGCGAGCAUAGGGUUGCAAGAAAGCAUGAAAAGUUCGAAAAGGCAUGUUGAUUCUCAAUUUUCUUAUUAUUUUGAGAGAGUUUGCAGAAAAAUUUUUGAUUUUCAAAACGGAAAUAGAAAGUCUGAGCCUUUCCAAAAGCAACUGAGAAGCUUCAGUUUGGGUUAGAGCGCUAAGUUUUCAAGACUCCUUUAAGUAAAUUUACAAAGUUGAGAAAAAAAAAAUUUGACUGCGUUGGUCGAUACGUCAUUUUUGCGUUGCGAAAACGGAAAAAAGUUUAAUUUCAAACGGUCUGACUUCGGACAACAGAUACAAUUUUCUGAGGAGCUGGACUUGGCUUCAAGCCGAGAGAUUUUUGAAUAAAGUGGCGGUAAGGUUGGACAAAAUAAAGUGAGAUCAUCGGGGACAAAACGGCGACGCAGACGAUGAAAGAGACGGUUGAAUAUUCGAUUGCUGGGUGGAAUAUUAUUUCGAACCUUUCCAGACAGUAGCUUGUGAAACCGAGGAGGUAGAAGCAUGGUAGGCAGGCUUUGUAGGUGAGCGCCUGAAGGGGAACUUUUUGGAUUCUGCUUUCAAUAUUUUCAUGGUUUUUUUUCGCGUAAGUCGUUUUUGGUCGGGGGCUGCUACGAUUUGAGUCAUUUGAGCCAUUCCAAGAUCGGUUAGGAUCUCCUACGGUUUUGAGUGAAAGUUCAAAAAGCCUUAAUUUGAAUGUUUUGGAGAAAAGAAUCAUUUCACUGUGUAGUUUGGAAUGACUUACCUUGCACCUUCGAAAACAAUUUAAUGAAAGGUCACCAAAAAGAAAAAAUUCAACCUUCAGAAACUGUUUGUGCAUGAGCUGGGUCUUCCUGGCCAUUAUGGAACUGUAAACGGCCAGUUUUCGAAUAAUUCUCCGACGCAUCAGAAUGACAGCAACGUUGAUGGGUAG